AAGGGUCAAUUAUUUGAUAUGUUCCAUCUUGUACUGGCUAGAUUAUCAAUAUGAGACAUAUCAAUAUGUUAUAAAUGUUUUUCCUCAGUUCAAAACUUGAACUACACUUAUCUAACUAAGUAACCAUAUCUUCACCAACAGGAGGCUGAGGAGAGCUGGAGAAUUCACCGUCAAUAGAUUGAGCUUUAACCAGCCACUGGUUGUCAAGAGCAGCAAGAAAGUUAUGGUGCUGCUUCUCAGCAAUAACAGGCCAUAUGACCCUUUUCUGAUAACGCUGACCCCUACCUGCAAGCAUGCCACCAAUUGGGCUGUGGAGACAGUGGAUGGACUUCAAAACACUAUUGCUAUUCUAUCGGAGAGGGAGGGGGCCCGCAGUGUGAAGGUGUGUAUGAGGAAGGGACACUGCCAGUCACCUAGGUGGAGCAACGUCCUGUCAGACGAGAAGUGGGUGUGGUCCAACAUUCCAGUGGGGAAAAUGCAGACUCAUGUGACUGUGAGAGGGGACGCCCGUAUGGCAGUCUACGCCUAUGGCGGGGAUAACCGCCAUGGAUAUGGCAUUGCUGGAGUUAGUUCUACAGACACCCCCCCUCCUCCACCUCCCGCGGAUCCCUGUGAUCAGGUGAAAUGUCGUGUGAAGGAACGGUGUGAGAAGGGAAAAUGCGUCCAUGUUUCUCUGGCAACCUGCCAUGCACAAGGUGAUCCCCACUACCUGACGUUUGAUGGCCGACGCUAUAACUUCCAGGUAGGGUUGGGACGGCUUCACCAAUCAUCACCAGCUAUUCACUAUAGAGUAUAUCUCUAUUUUUACUUGUUACAUUCUAUUGAGGCCGCCAGGGACACACUGGAGAGAGACCAACUCUCAUGAGUUGAACUUCAACGAGGAGUAUCCACAUAAAAUGUGGCGUAACUCAUCUUUGAAAACGCCGCUGUAGAAGCAGUGUUUCUUAACUAGAAAACAAAAGCACAACUGAAUUAGGCUUCUAAAGUGUCAUUUAGGAGUAGGACAAUAUGACAUGUACAGCGAGCUGA